AUGGCGUCCAAAAUUACACUUAGAGACUUGUUCAACACUUCGAAGAGCGCUUCUUCUGCCAAGAAAACUCCGCAUACAAAGCGACUGAGCAGGUUUACCGAACAUCUCGAUGGAAACACGGAUCAAAUCGCAGAGGAUAGACUCUAUUUUAUAGAGAAAAUCGAACGCGACGAAAUGGUCGAGGGUGCUUUCGAACAAUACAUGAAAAAGUAUCCUAGGCAAUGGAACAAGCUCAGAUGGGAGGCGAGCUAUAAAAGACAAAAUGAGGCAUACGAUGAGCCUUCCGAAGACGACGCCGACUCCGUUCAUAUCGAGUGGAGUGAAGAAACAAUUAAAGAAAUCUCGGAUAAUAAAAACAAAGCUCCCAAACGCCCUAUUUCUCCAGUCAAAAAAGUCCGCCAAGACAAAGUAGCCAAGGGCGUUGCGGUUGCGAAGAAAGCUUUGUGUUUUGGAUCGCUCACUCCUGAGAAGUGA